AUGGAUUUGCAAAAGGUGUCUAAUACGGAUAAGGUGAUACUUUGUAAGCGUUAUUUUUAUAUUGGCUUUGCUUUGUUACCGCUAGUUUGGAUCGUUAACGCAGUGUGGUUUUUCGAGUCUGCAUUUCUCGAUAAACCAUCACCGACGCAAAAAACUAUCAAACGAUAUGUGUUGUAUUCAAUAAUUGGUGCAUCAGUAUGGGUACUAGCACUUAUUGCCUGGGAAAUAUUUUUUCAGUUGGAAAGAGCCAAAGGACUGGAAUGGACUGAUCGAUUGUCUUUUGUAUUUCCUAUAGGAUAUGUUUAA